CCUAAUAGUAAGGGGAAAGUUGUGAAGGCGCCAGCUUUGGUACACAAAUACAAUGAGACGAUGGGAGGCGUUGAUCUAGGUGACCAGUUUAUUGCACAGUAUGAACCCAAAUUUAGAAGUUUGAAAUUAUGGAAGAAGAUUUUGUUCAACCUCCUCAUGACAGCAACAGUUAACGCCUACAUAUGUUACAGAAAUACCUUUGUGGUACAGAAGAAAAUGGACCAUUUGACAUUUCAGCAGGAAAUAAUACAGGGUUUGAUUGGACAACACAGAGAAGGACAGACACGACCGGGUAGACGUUGCUUACUUCAAAGUACCAGACUUACUGCUCGGCACUUCAUAGAAUGGAUUCCCAACAAAAGGAGAAUGAGAUGUGCCGUUUGUUCUGGCAAAGAGAACAGAUUUUCGGGGACAAGAAUAAGAACAUGGUGUCCGGACUGUGGAGUUGGACUUUGUGUUGGAAGAUGUUUUAAACAUUUCCACACAUUGCAGAUUUAUGAGGAAUAAAAUGUUUGCGUUUUAGGGAAGAAACAACUUCAGUUAAUUGGACAUGAGUUUUAUUGUCAUAAAUACUCAAAUGUUAUCACAUUCCAAGAAAU